AUGAGUUUUCAUACUUACAAACGUGAACCAUAUGAUACACUGAACUUGACAAGUUACACGGCUGUAGUGAUCUUCGGGGCCUCUGAUUGUGAUGAUGCUCAUCCUCGUCCGCAAAAAUAUAAUAAUACUCUGCGAGGUCGGCCUUAUUUCAAUGGAAGAUUUACAAACGGCCCUGUUUUCGGUGAAUACCUGAAGAAAGGGAUCCUAACAGGCAAAAAUAUCACUUUACUAAAUUAUGCCUACGGAGAUGCAACAGUCAGCAAUACACUCGUGAAUGUUGCCGCACCCGACACGGCUUCACAGACCCAUUCUUAUAUCAAUGACGUGACUCAACAUAGAGUUCAUAGAGAAGGUGUAAAUGGACAAGGACGAGUUUUACAUAUAUUCUGGAUUGGGAUCAAUGAUGUGGUUCAAAUUUGGCAAGAUGUGAUAACAAAUGGCACAUUUUCAAACCUUGACUCUCUUACUACAAACCCUUACAUCGCAGAUCGGUCAGAAAAACAUUUUACGAUUGCGCGUCAUAGGAUUAACGCUGAGGUUGCGGCUCUGAUGAGUCAAGUGUCUAUGAUUCGAAAAAAUCAGGAAGUCAAUAAGAUCCCUGGCGACCUUUUGAUCCUCACUUUACCACCACUUGAAAUGCUUCCCAAUCUAUUCUACCACUCUCGUGAAUUAGCUUCAAACUUCACCUUACGCGACGCCAACCUAGCUUCAAGUGCAAAGAUAUAUCAAAGAUUUAUCGGUGAGCUUACUGCCAAAUACAAUCGGACUAAGAUCAAGAAAUCGUUUCCCAAGGGCAUUGCUGCUGGUAUCGAAUCCCUACUUUCUGACGCUAGACCGCAAGUAAAUGAAGCUUUUGUGCUGUCAGGACGACCAACAUUUACCAGGACGUUUGACACAGUUGGACUCUGGCAUUAUGUUCAUGCUAAUCCAACCGAAUUUAAUUUCGAGAAUGUCAUUGACGCCUGCUGGAACAGUACAACAGGCGGAAUUUGCAAUCAUCCUGAUCAGUAUCAGUAUUGGGAUACACUUCAUCCUACGACUGCCAUGCACAGAUUCCUGGCACAGGAUAUUGCAAUGGCUUGUAACUAA